GGGGAGCGGAGCCAGAGCCGGGCUGCCUGCCACCCGACUGCACGUUUUUGAGCUGUGGAGGAGUGCACCACCAGUCACUGACAAAGGAUGGGAGGAUGCGACUGCCCUGGGAUGCCGGCUGCGCGCAGCCUGCCGGCCGCCUGAGCUACUUCACCCUCCCCGGUGAGUGAUGGCAAAGACCAUUUGAUCAACCGCGGGCAGAGUCCACACUCUCUUUGGCUUGUGGUCCUGGGAGGUUUGUCCCUGCCCCAGAGCUCAAGACCUGGCACAACACUAUCUUGGAGCGCAGGCAGCAGGUGCCUUUGCCCAGGUGGGUUCUGCGAGGGAGGUCCUGCUCCCCUGUUGAGAUGGGUACCCAAGAUUCUAGAGCCAGACUCUCCCGCUAGGCUUCCCCAGCCCGGAGCUGCAGGGGUAGUUCCCUUAGUAGACCCUUGGUGGAUUACAAGUAAGCACUGUUUACACCCGCGGCCGCACCCCUCUGAAAGCAAUUCCUGUCAGUGACUUCCCAGGCUCAAAUGCUCAUAGGGUGGGCUUGAGAGAGAAAGCCAGUACCGGUUACUCAGGGAAGGGCGCGCACCAAGAAAGAAUCAGUGCAGCCUUUGUCUUGGGUUUAACGUGGAUGCGCUCAAAUCUGAAUCAGACUCUCUGCAACUGUUGGGUUCAGUCCUGGUUCUCUGCCCCAGCCCGACUGGAUGAGAGGUGCCACUGUGUUCCUGCAGCAGGGGAAGUGGAGAGCUGGGACUUUGGACACAGGAAGGGUCCAGCGCUCAAGGGAAAUGUGCCCAGAAAGAGUUCUGAGAGCUUCUCCUCUUCUCUCCUACUGUGACUAAACAUGACACUGCCAUAAUUUAUCCAAGUUUGGCAAAGCAAGGAUAUGAACAGUUCUGCAGGUGGGCUUCUCAGGGCGAGCGAAGCCAUAAGGCAUCCAAUCAGGGUCUGGCCACCUGCAGCCUUGCCAAUAUGCCCCUCCACCAGAUUUCUGUAAUCCCAGCCCGGGAGACUGCCAGCAAUGGGAGAAGUUCAAUGGGCAGAAACAAAGAGAAGAACAAGGAAGUCGAGAAUGAAAAGUCCCCAGGGCGCUCUGCAAGUCGAUCAAGUAACAUAUCAAAAGCAAGCAGUCCAACCACAGGGACAGCUCCCAGGAGCCAGUCAAGGUUGUCUGUCUGUCCAUCUACUCAGGACAUCUGCAGAUCUUCCAUCUUGCAUGACAUGUCAGAAGAAUCAUUUGAGCACUGCACCCCUGUCAUGGUGCUGAGCCAUGCUAGAAAGGAAUCUGGUGAUAAACCAGUAAAACAGAAGCCUAGGAGGAGGAGAAGGGUCUCUCAGAGAUAUGAGCAUUCAGAAGAGCAAGCCAAGGCGAGAAGAAAGGACUUUCACCUCCAGAUCUCAAGUCCCGGCUGGAGAGAACUUAAUAUGGAGUCAUCAGAUUCAUCCUCCACAGAUGAGACUCACUGGGUUCAGGCAAAAAGACGAGCUCAGGUGAAAUUCAGACUGUCUCGAAGAAGGAGAAAUAAGAAUAAACCAUGUGGAAGCUUGGCUGGGUCCUCCACUCCAGACAGACUUGAACUUGUUGAGCUGGGAUCCAAAGAUGAAAAGCACCCAGAGCUGAUGGAAUGUGGGAGCCAUUCUUUAGACAUUUGUAGAGGAAAAGUCCUAAGGUACCAAGGAUGCAGUUCUCUCCCACCACCAGGGUCCUUGGAGGCGAAGAGACCCCCAGGGAGCCAUUCAGGGAGUAAAGGCAGAUACUGCCACAGAGAAUCUCACUUGCAUACACUUAGGGAAAAAGAACCAAUUACUAAAAGAUUGUCGGAAACUGAUUCGAAUACUGAAAUCCUGGCAGCUACAGAAGGGGGCGAGUGUAUGGAUGACUCAGGGCUCCAGGUGAAUACCUCUGCUCGGAAGCCUCCCGAUGCCUAUGAUGAUGAGUCUGAUGCUUUCGAAGUGUGCAGGAUCUGUCACUGCGAAGGGGACGAAGAGAGCCCACUCAUCACACCCUGUCGCUGCACAGGCACCCUGCGCUUUGUUCACCAGUCCUGUCUCCACCAGUGGAUCAAGAGCUCAGACACACGGUGCUGUGAGCUCUGCAAAUACGACUUCAUAAUGGAGACCAAGCUCAAGCCCCUUCGGAAGUGGGAGAAACUCCAGAUGACCACAAGCGAAAGAAGGAAAAUAUUCUGCUCUGUCACGUUCCAUGUCAUCGCGGUCACCUGUGUGGUGUGGUCUCUGUACGUGCUGAUCGAUCGGACAGCGGAGGAAAUCAAGCAAGGUAACGACAAUGGUGUGCUGGAAUGGCCAUUUUGGACAAAACUGGUUGUGGUGGCCAUUGGCUUCACAGGAGGUCUCGUCUUCAUGUAUGUACAGUGUAAAGUCUAUGUUCAACUGUGGCGUAGGCUGAAGGCCUACAACCGUGUGAUCUUUGUGCAGAAUUGCCCAGACACUGCCAACAAACUGGAGAAGAACUUUUCAUGUAAUGUGAACAUGGAAAUCAAAGAUGCUGUGGUUGUCCCUGUGCCACAGACGGGUUCAAAUCCACUGCCACCUGCAGAGGGUGCCCCGCCUGAAGUUAUACCGGUCUGAAGGAACUGGAGGGGAACUUCACCGAAGGAUCUUUGCAGCCCCAGCCACUACGAACAGAAAUGUUUCUGCUCUGGUGGCUUCCUUGUUUUCUCCGUUCCCCUACUGACUUGUUUGUCCUGACUUGGAGCAAAAAAGGAAACGAGGAGAAAAUAUCAAGUGACCAGGAUCGCAAGAAGCAGAGCCUGCAGUGGUGUCUUAGGGAGUGAGUUCAAAUGCUUCCAGUGAGGAAAGACUGGGCAGACAUGAGAUCCUCUUUCAAGUAGUGCAGAGGGAAUCCUAGAACAGACUUCACAUGCAGUGCAUGCAUCUUUGGAGGGUUCUGUACCGUUAGCCUUCUCCACUGGAAAUGGCACACAUCUGGUGUAAAGGCCCAAACCAAGUCACACCAGAGGCAAACUUGGAGGACCUGAGGUUUUUUUUUUUUUUUAACAUGUUGACAGCUGAUUUUUCUGGCUAUUGUGAAGUCUGGUUAUUUUGACAGAUGCAUGUUUUUAAAUGGAUGCAAUACACAUUUGAAGAUAGAAUGUUUGGAAUUUUGUUUAAAUUUAAAUCAUGAAGAAAAGAUUUUCAGAGCAUUGUGGUGUUUAGCUAGCAGUUUUUAUUGCAAGCAACUAUCAUGCCGUGUUUCACCUGGUCCCUUUUACACAGCGCUCAACGAUAGACACAUCACCUGAGUUGCAAAUGCAGAUGUAAAAUUUAAAUCUCCUAGUGUGCCCCAUUAGGAAAAGUAAAAAUAGGUCAAUUGAUUUUUAUAAUUUAUUCAACAUUACAUGUGCAAGUUAUUUCAUGUCAUCAAUGAAAAGUUAUUAAAAUGGCUGUCAUCAUUUUCUUGGACCAAGUCUUCAAAAUCCAGCAUGUGUUUGUGACACACUUCUACCUGAACGCAGUGUGUUGGAUAGGAUCUAAUAAGGACACUGGACAGCAGAGGCCUCUCAUUAAAAGCUACACCUGUCUCAUUUAACAGUUGGAUAUUUCAGAACAGCAGUUCAGUGCGCUAUUUUGUUCUGCUGUUUCAUUUAAAAGUUGACUUACAAAGCACCAAAUUAAGUAUCCCAGCUUGAAUUCAAUGAAGGCACCACUUUUCAAGGAGUGAAAAAAACAGAAGUAUAGGGAGUCAGUACGAUCUGUAGCAAUGUUAUGAAAUUAACUUCCCAUGUAAUACAUAUAAAAUAGUCAUGACAGGGCAAUAAAAAUUAUAAAUUUUGCUUUUAAAUCCACAUAAAUCCACAUGGAGUUUCAGUGUAACAGGCGAGCAUCUUAACAAAGGCUCUCCACUAUGUUCACAGCUGACAGUGUUCCCUUGCUCAGCUCAGAAGUAAGACUACUCCAGAGUCUAUGGUGAUGAGUUGGUUGUCGGGUCAACAGUUGAGCACUGUGUUCAUAUACAGUCACACAAACUGCUAUGACACUGUGGUGGACUGGGUAAAUAACCACAUACAGUUACCCAACAAGGAAAGAGACCACAGUUUUCAAAAGACUUUUUGGUUAGCUGUCAUUAUUUAUUGUCCUGAAAAGGCAGAGAUGGCCAUAAAAACCAAAGCAUGGGCAUCAUGUUGCACAAAUCUGGGUACCACAUCCACGCACUUUGUAAUUAUCAGUGUGUUUGUUCUUCACGGAUUAUCAAAGGAAAAGGAAAAAAAAAAGGGAAGGAUCUUUCAAUGAGAAGAGAGUAUGCUAUUUGUAGUGAUUGACAUUGGGUCCAAAUAGUCCCACCCUUAGAAAUAACGACAUAGUAAACAAUGUCAAGUGUGAGUGUGUGUGUGUGUGUGUGUGUGUGUGUGUGUGUGUGUGUGUGUGAUGUAUAUUCAUGUAUAUAUACAAGAGAAAUGUUAAAAGUAUUCAGUCAGGAAACAAAAGCUUAAAAACUCUUCUUUCUUAAAACUUGUGGGAGGGCUAAGGAUUAAAUAUGCAGGGACAAUACGAAGGGCAUAAUUAAACUGGAGCAGACCUCCAGAACAAAUAAGGAUUGGAAUACAUUAAAAAUUAAAAAGACCCGAACCUUAAACUUGGUAUUCAAGUUUUUGAAUAGUUUCCAUUUUAAAAAUGUAAGAUGAAUAUGAACAAAGGAUGGAUGUGGUGAUUGUAACUCCACCCAAGGGGUUAGCCAUCCUUCAGUUUUUCUGAGUAUUUCCCAUAGCUCUUACUAAUGCAUUUUGGUAGGUACACAAUUGUAAUCCCAGCAUUUGGGAGGCUUAGGUUAUCCUCUGCUACACAGUGAGUCCCAAAUAGAGACCAGUGUAGGCUACAUGAGACCUUUUUCCAAAAACAAAACUACCAAGGUUUAAAACUAAAUUAAUAAAGCCAGUAUUGAAACCGUCUUUGUGCACCCAUGUAAUAAUGGAGUUUUCACUUACUAGCACAAUGAAAAGGUUUGGCUUUGGUGAGCAGACUUACAGCUCAGAGAAAAACUGCUUUACAGGAUGGCAUUAUCUUGAGGCUUCGCUACCUGCUCCCACGCAAAUUAAGUGAAACUGAAAUAAAGCAUUCAAUUGUUGAGUUUACAGAUUGUUGAAACUGCUGACACCGCUUUUUAUAAACACAAAGUGAAGCUGGGCUAUUAGAAAUGGCAUAAACCCGACAUUGAAAAUGCUUUCUAUCGAGACUUGACAUUUCCAUUAGGUAUUACUAAAUAUUCAAUCGAAAAGGAAUGAAAUUAAAACAUUUAAAAGUGAAGCCCGGGGUUGGGAGAGACGACUCAGUGAUUGGACACUUUCUACUCUCAUAGAUGGUCCUGGUUUAGUUCCUUGCACCCACAUGACAAUUCACAACCACCUGUAUCUCCAGUUCCAGGAUGCCCAACACCUUCUUCUGGCCCCUGGAGGUCCCCACACAUAUAUAUGGACAGAUACACAUGUUAAAAAAAUAAAUCUUUAAAAAGUUAAGCCCCCCCAUUCAGGUUAACUUUAAUAUAAGACAAUAACAAAACCCUAUAGAAAUAAAGAAAAACAUAAAGAGUCCCAAUAACUCAGAACAAUGUAAUGCAGACAUUGAGUUCUUCUCAGAAUGUCCCCAGGAUCAAAACCUCACCCAGAGCUGCUGCUUUAGGCAACAGUAUCCCACAGAACCCUCAAACUUAUUUUUCUCUUUUGAAAAGAGCCUUGGGUACCCUUCGAACAUUUACACUUCUGCUGAAAAGUGAGGUCAUUAACACAGUGACAUCAUUAUGAGAAAUCACAAUGGGGGGUGAAAUAGAAAGAUCAUUUGUUCCAACUGUCAGAUAUAAUUUAUCUUGCCUUGCCAAUGAAUACUUUGGGGGCAAAUACUAAGGGGAGAACCUAAAACUUCCUGUUGUAAUGGUUAUAAAAUGGCGUCCUUCCUUGAGCUCAAUGGUGCUAUUUUACAGGAUACAAACGAAAGGAAGCUCUGUCGUUUGGGGCAGCAGCGCUUCUCCCACACCUGAAGAAAGCCCAUGCUGAAAUGGGAGAGAACAUUCAAAGGAGAAAAUGUUAAACUGUGUGCAAUUUUUGAGAUUGGGCAUUUGUACUUUUUCAGUUUUACCUAAUUGUCUUUCAUUAACAAUUUGCUGUUUGUGAGUAAUGUGUGCUUAAGACAAACUAAGGAAACUAACUAUCUGUGAAAGACUUUGUAUAUUAAACAAAUGCUCCAAA